AUGCAGGGAUCACCUACAUGCCCUCACCCCACAGGAACCAGCUCUAUAAAGGGAUCACCUACAUGCCCUCACCCCACAGGAUCCAGCUCUAUGCAGGGAUCACUUACAUGCCCUCACCUCACAGGAUCCAGCUCUUUGCAGGGAUCACCUAUAUGCCCUCACCCCACAGGAUCCAGCUCUAUGCAGGGAUCACCUACAUGCCCUCACACCACAGGAUCCAGCACUAAAAAGGGAUCACUUACAUGCCCUCACCCCACAGUAUCCAGCUAUAUACAGGGAUCACCUACAUGCCCUCACCCCACAGGAUCCAGCUCUAUAAAGGGAUCACUUGCAUGCCCUCACCCCACAGGAUCAAGCUCUAUGCACUCUAUAAAGGGAUCACCUACACGCCCUCACCCCACAGGAUCCAGCUCUAUAGAGGGAUCAUCUACAUGCCCUCACCCCACAGGAUCCAGCUCUAUAAAGGGAUCACCUACAUGCCCUCACCCCACAGGAUCCAGCUCUUUGCAGGGAUCACCUACAUGCCCUCACCCCACAGGAUCCAGCUCUAUAAAGGCAUCACUUACAUGCCCUCACCCCACAGGAUCCAGCUCUAUGCAGGGAUCACCUACAUGCCCUCACCCCACAGGAUCCAGCUCUAUGCAGGGAUCACCUACAUACCAUCACCCCACAGGAUCCAGCUCUAUAAAGGGAUCACUUACACGCCCUCACCCCACAGGAUCCAGCUCUAUACAGGGAUCACCUACAUGCCCUCACCCCACAGGAUCCAGCUCUAUAAAGGGAUCACUUACAUGCCCUCAUCCCACAGGAUCCAGCUCUAUGCAGGGAUCACCUACAUGCCCUCACCCCACAGGAUCCAGCUCUAUAAAGGGAUCACUUACAUGCCCUCACCCCACAGGAUCCAGCUCUAUGCAGGGAUCACCUACAUGCCCUCACCCCACAGGAUCCAGCUCUAUAAAGGGAUCACUUACAUGCCCUCACCCCACAGGAUCCAGCUCUAUGCAGGGAUCACUUACAUGCCCUCACCCCACAGGAUCCAGCUCUUUGCAGGGAUCACCUACAUUCCCUCACCCCACAGGAUCCAGAUCUAUAAAGGCACCACUUACAUGCCCUCACCCCACAGGAUCCAGCUCUAUGCAGGGAUCACCUACAUGCCCUCACCCCACAGGAUCCAGCUCUAUGCAGGGAUCACCUACAUGCCCUCACCCCACAGGAUCCAGCUCUAUAAAGGGAUCACUUACAUGCCCUCACCCCACAGGAUCCAGCUAUAUACAGGGAUCACCUACAUGCCCACACCCCACAGGAUCCAGCUCUAUAAAUGGAUCACUUGCAUGCCCUCACCCCACAGGAUCCAGCUCUAUGCAGGGAUCACCUACAUGCCCUCACCCCACAGGAUCCAGCUCUAUGCAGGGAUCACCUACAUGCCCUCACCCCACAGGAUCCAGCUCUAUAAAGGGAUCACUUACAUGUCCUCACCCCACAGGAUCCAGCUCUAUACAGGGAUCACCGACAUGUCCUCACCCCACAGGAUCCAGCUCUAUAAAGGGACCACCUACAUGCCCUCACCCCACAGGAUCCAGCUCUAUAAAGGGAUCACUUACAUGCCCUCACCCCACACGAUCCAGCUCUAUGCAGGGAUCACCCACAUGCCCUCACCCCACAGGAACCAGCUCUAUAAAGGGAUCACUUACAUGCCCUCACCCCACAGGAUCCAGCUCUAUGCAGGGAUCACCUACAUGCCCUCACCCCACAGGAUCCAGCUCUAUAAAGGGAUCACUUACAUGCCCUCACCCCACAGGAUCCAGCUCUAUGCAGGGAUCACUUACAUGCCCUCACCCCACAGGAUCCAGCUCUAUGCAGGGAUCACCUACAUGCCCUCACACCACAGGAUCCAGCACUAAAAAGUGA